UGGGAGAGGUGGCGGAGGAGGCGGGGGGAGUGCGGCUGGCGGCGGCGAGAGGAGACGCGGCCCGAACUGAUUCUCAUGGAGAACUGUUAUUGAAACGAGAUCCAUUUGUUGGAAUGUAAUAAAAAGAAAGAAUGAAUCAAGAUAAAACCUCUAAAUGCAAGUACCAGAAAAAUUGCGACACAUCAUAGUGAAUUUGCAAGUGGAUCGCCAUUCCUUGUGGGUUGGCAGGCAGUUGUAGGACUGCAAAAUGGGUCUCCGGAUUCACUUUGUUGUUGACCCACAUGGUUGGUGCUGCAUGGGUUUGAUUGUCUUUGUCUGGUUAUACAAUAUUGUUAUAAUUCCCAAAAUUGUCCUCUUUCCUCACUAUGAAGAAGGACAUAUUCCAGGCAUAUUAAUAAUAAUAUUCUAUGGCAUCGCCAUAUUUUGUCUGGUUGCCUUAGUAAGGGCUUCAAUAACUGAUCCAGGAAGACUCCCUGAGAACCCUAAAAUUCCACAUGGAGAAAGGGAGUUCUGGGAAUUAUGCAACAAGUGUAAUUUGAUGAGACCAAAGCGUUCCCAUCACUGCAGCCGCUGUGGCCACUGUGUUAGGAGAAUGGAUCAUCACUGUCCAUGGAUUAACAAUUGUGUUGGUGAAGAUAAUCAUUGGCUUUUUCUGCAGUUGUGUUUCUACACUGAACUUCUUACUUGCUACGCACUGAUGUUUUCUUUCUGCCACUAUUAUUACUUUCUUCCACUAAAAAAGCGAAACUUGGACCUCUUUCUUGUUAGACAUGAAUUGGCCAUAAUGAGACUGGCUGCCUUUAUGGGUAUUACUAUGUUAGUUGGAAUAACUGGACUUUUUUAUACUCAACUAAUUGGCAUCAUCACAGAUACAACAUCUAUUGAAAAGAUGUCAAACUGUUGUGAAGAAAUAUCGAGGCCCCGAAAGCCAUGGCAGCAGACCUUCUCAGAAGUUUUUGGCACUCGUUGGAAGAUCCUGUGGUUUAUUCCUUUCAGGCAGAGGCAACCACUGCGAGUUCCCUACCACUUUGCCAAUCACGUCUAAACAGAUGGAUGGUGGGCACAGAUGGGUCCUCCAUGCUGGAAGUACUCAAAGUCUUUUCCUUGAAGAGAAGAUUGAAGGGGCCUCGUUCUUGGAGCAUAUCAGUAGUUACCUUUUCGUUAGUUUUGACGGUAGGGAAUCAUACCUGAGAAAUGAAGCAGACGGUGACGAUUGUCAGCCAGCUGUAGUCAGUUCUUUCAGAAAUUGUGAAUAUCUUCUAAAAUAAUGAAGAAGCUGUUCUCAAAGAUAUAAAUACCAUGUCUUUCAUGUUUUGAUUACAGUGCUGUAUUAUUUAAAAACUUAGAAGUGGCAAAUGAAACGAAGUAUUGGUGCUGAUAAGAUGCAUCGUAAGUUUAAUAUGAGAAGCAUACCCGUGGAGCUUAAUGAACCCCAAAAUUAAUAUGUUCAUGUCAGGCAAGUGGGUUGGGUUUUGUGCAAGCUAACAUUCUGAGCAAAUUCGGCCUGGUGACAGAACUGUUAGAAGGAAGUAAUAUAUCGAUAAUGCAAAUGGAUAUCAGACCAAUGCCCAGCUGUAUACAUUCCUUUCAAAUGAGGACCUUGAAAACAACAAAGUGAAGUGAGGAUCCACUAAUGAGCUUUAUGGACAUAGUUUUGCUUCAUGUCAUAGCAGCAGCUACCUUGAAAGGUACUUGGGAGGUACUCAGUGCCAACUUCUGCCUCAGUAAUGAGAACCAGAAGUGGUCCCUUUCCUAGUCUUAAGGGUCUUUGUUCUUAGAUUUAUUACUUCUAUGGCACGUUCUCUUCCCUUGUUUCUGUACACCCUCCCUGGUCCUGAUCCCUCUGUACCUGAUCUCUUUGGUACUGGAAUACAAACUAAUACACUAGGCAAAGCAUAUAUUUAUUUUGUUUGAAUGGUAGAAAUGAAACAAAUCAAUAUAUUUAUAUAAGAAUCUAUAUUAAAGUAUAUCUAUAUAUACUUAAGGUGUAGCUUUCAGUAUUCCCAAAUAGCACGCCUAACUGUGGGUUUGUUAAUUUUUAAGAAAACUUAAGAAAAACCAACUGGCAGUUUCCUAGGGAGUGCAUAAGCUCUAGUGUUCUCUCUGCGCCCUCUUUUGGCUAAUUGAUGUAAUUAUACUGGCUCUAGAGAUUUACUGCCCCAUGAGAAAAUUGUAUAACCGAAUUCUGAACAUGUCAGAGGUACAAACUUAGGGGGAGUAUAUGUACAAAAAUGUAGUAUUUUAUGAAAAUGAAUGUGUUCCUGUUUAUGUCACAUCUAGUUCAUACAAAAUGAUGACUAGUUUGCUUCAAUUGUGUACAUAUAUUCUUAUCAGUUGUUUUUUUGGGUUUUUUUACUAUCAACUACAAGUUUACAUCAGAUCAGGAUAAACAAAUGUAAACCAUUUCAUGUAUUUUAUUUUAAACCUUAUUUGGGUAAAUUAAGAAUUAGAAAAGCCGUUACUUUAAAAUUACCAGUUUAUUACAAAACACAGAAAUCUAUUGUAGUUAUAAUGGCAAGCAUCUAAUGUGUUUUACUGAAUAUCUAAAAAAAUACAUUUAGAUUUUUUAAACCUGUUUUUGGAAUUAUUUCUUUUUUACUGAUUCUAUUGCAUUAAAAUAAUAAGAGAUUAAUAAUUCUUUUUAUACUUUUCAUUCUUUUUUUAACUUUCCUACUCAGAGUUAGAUAGCUGUAGCUUUCUUUAGUAGCCAAUUUAUUAUGUAUUCUGGAUAUUAUGAAAAUAACUAAUGAUGUUGAUCAUUAGAAAAUGAUUAUGAACCAUGAGGUAACUGAUGUAAUCUAUAUGUUGGAUGAAGUAGUUCCUUCUAAACAUUCCAUUUCGUUUUAAGCAAAAUGUAUUUUAAAGGAUGUUUUACAUCAGCAAAGUCAUUAAUUGGGCUUCUGGAAAUGAAAGCAUUUUACCUAGAUAUGAUAAGUUACGCUUCUUGAACAGUUGUAUUUGUUGUUGUUCUUUUUCUUAAAAAAAUCUUUAUGGGCUCAAAACUGGCAGCAAGUACUGAGUGAGUCCACAAUUCCUAAACAGUAGGCGUUCAGCUAAGGAGCUUUUGGUGCUUUGUAACCAAGACUUACAUUUUAAAAAUACUAAGUUACCUGAUGUCCUAUUAUAAGAAAAAUACUAUUUUGCUUACGAGUGGUAUUGAAAAUAUUUGUGGUUAACAUAAGAGAUAGCUAUAUUUAAGUUUUUAGUUAAUACAUUAAUCUCUUUUCACAGAAAAAAGCAUAGUUUACUUUUAAAGUAAUAGAAGUAGAGAGCAUAAGCAUACGAGUACAUCAAGUUCAGUAUUAAUGACGAAGUUAAAACUUCCGUCAGAAUGAACAUCAGUGAAUUUUUGCUAAUGUCUAGAGGUAUUUUUCUCUAAGGAUGGUUGCUAAUUAUGACUAUUCUUCAUCAGACUUUUACAAGUCACUUCCAUACAAGUAAUUAGUUGAAUAUAUGUUCCACCCAAAAAGGUAUAUCAAUCCUGAAUGCUAAGCAUGAAGACUUAAGCUAGGACAUUACUCCCAACCAGAAAUGGGAAUUAAUUUAGAUUAUGGCCACAAAUUUCUCUGUAUGAUAGAUCAUGGGGCAGUUUGAGUGUUCUCACAUGUAUUGCUAUACAAUCACAAUGUGUCCAGCCCUGGUUUACAAUGGCAUUAAUACGAACAAAGCUGCUCGUCUCACCCUGGAUUUGUCUCUAGGCUCUAACUACUUCCCUUAUGCUUCAUGGAGGAAUACAUCACCUAGCUCAGAUUUACUAAACUAUUGCUGCUUCAUUAAAUAAGCUUUUGACAUGAUCUCUAAUAUAUGUAGAUAUAGCUAGAAGUUAUUUGGUAAAGUUUAUACUUACAAAUGUUAAGUAAUUUAUGAAUAGAUACAAGUAUUAGAUUUUUUUUACCCAAUUCUGCUACUAUUGCUUUAAAAAAUGUAAGUAUUGGCAAAUGUAGUUAGUAAGCCAUGUACAUUUAGUAUGUUCUACUUGCUAGUAUUAUUAACCAUAUAAUUAACAAAUGAAUGAGUGUAUUAUUUAAUGUCCACAUUUGUUACCUUCUAUUCUACAAAUCAUCCUCUGAAUUUAUCUAUAAAUCACAAAUUUCAUUAUGCUCUGAGUUUAGCCAGCCUCAAUUGAAUUCUAAAAUAUUCUACAGUAGAAUGUAAGAAAGUAAUAGAACCAGCUUGCUUAAAGUAUUUUGAACCAAUGUUGGUAUUCUAUGUAUUAAUAUUUAGCAUUUCUGCUGCCUAUGGGAUGAUGAUGGUUUCACUUCAGGAAAGUGUUUCCUCAGAUGUCUCCAUUCAUUAUCAUUGUGCAGUUUUUAACAACAAAAUUGACCAUAUUUUUGUCAGUUUUUCAGAUGUUGUAAUACUGCCUGCUAGUGCUAAUUUGAAACAGAAACAAUGGUAUUUCAAAAUCUUAAGUCGUUGGUAUUGCCAGUAUUUUCCACUAUCAUUACAUAUUUUUUCACUAUACAUUCUUUUCCCCUGGUCCACCAUAGAAGGCACAGAGUACAAAUGAGUAGCGAGUAGCCAAAAUUGGAGAAAGGGAAUAGAAGAACUUACUGUGGAAUGAAGGCUAGACUGAGCAUGGAUAAUCAGCAUCUCAAUAACAGUGUGGACUGGAUUCAGUGUCUGUGACCUCAGAAAAUCCCCUGCUACAUCCUUUUAGCCUUAUCUCUUGUUGAUACCAUUUUACUGUAAGAGUUGUUAAUGCACGUAAGCAUCUAGUUUGAGCUAUUUUAUCUAAGGAAUUUAUAUUGCUGAGCCUCUUUGGUCAGAUGCCUUUGAGAAAUUGAUUUAAAUUUGAAAUGCUAUAAUUCUGUAGUGUAUGCUAGCUAA